AUGAGUGAUAAGCCAGACUUGUCGGAAGUGGAAAGAUUCGAUAGAUCCAAACUAAAGAAAACCAUUACUGAAGAAAAAAAUACUCUUCCGUCAAAGGAAACCAUCCAGCAAGAGAAGGAGUUUGCGAAAAGAUCAUAA